CGCGAACCACCAAACUUCAAAAAAUUAUUUCAGACCAUCCCCCCUCCCAACAACCAUUUUCCACCUUCUAUCGAGACCCGUAAUCAGAAAGAAUAUUUGAGGAUGCUGUGUGGCACGCCGCUUUAGACAUCAAGAUAUCAAGAUGCCUUCCGCCGCGGAUACGAUUCGUAUCCUCGUUGCCACUGACAGUCAUGUGGGAUAUGAAGAGCGAGAUCCUAUCCGUAAGGACGAUAGCUGGCGAAGCUUCGACGAAGUAAUGCAGUUAGCACGAACUCAAGAUGUGGACAUGGUGCUCUUAGCUGGGGAUUUAUUCCAUGACAACAAACCUUCUCGAAAAUCAAUGUACCAAGUCAUGCGAUCACUUCGACAGAACUGCCUGGGAGAAAAGCCUUGUGAACUGCAGUUAAUGUGCGAUGCCAACGACAUUUUCGAUGGCGCUUUCACUCACGUCAAUUACGAAGAUCCUGACAUCAAUGUUGCUAUACCCGUAUUUUCGAUCCACGGCAACCAUGAUGACCCCUCUGGAGAUGGCCACUACUGUUCUUUGGACCUCCUGCAAGUCUCAGGGCUCCUAAAUUACUUCGGCCGUAUCGCUCAGAAUGACAAGAUCGAGAUUAAGCCAGUUCUGCUGCAGAAGGGGUCAACAAAGCUCGCUCUGUAUGGACUAAGCAAUGUCAGAGACGAACGAUUAUUCAGAACCUUCCGGGAAGGCAACGUGAAGUUCUUCACGCCCCGUGUGCAGCAAAAGGAUUGGUACAAUAUUAUGGCUGUUCAUCAAAACCACCACGCCCACAGCGAUACGAACUACCUCCCAGAAAAUUUCCUACCCGAUUUCUUAGAUCUGGUAGUUUGGGGCCACGAGCACGAAUGCAUUAUCGACCCAUAUGAAAACCAAGAAAUGGGGUUUCAUGUUAUGCAACCUGGAUCAUCCGUAGCUACUUCUUUGGUUCCCGGAGAAGCUGUUGCCAAGCAUGUUGCGAUCCUUAAUAUUACUGGCAGGGAGUUGAAGGUGGAAAAAUUCCGAAUCAAGUCGGUCCGGCCUUUUAUCACAAAAGAAUUGGUGCUCUCUACCGAUCCUCGCUUCAAAGGACUUGCCAAACUCAAGGAUAACAGAAACAAGUUGGGCAUGAAGUUGCAGGAUGUUGUUGAAGAGCUCAUACAAGAGGUAACGGAUGAGUGGCUGGCAAUUCAGGAUGAAGAUAUUGCACCCGAAGACAUUCCACUUCCGCUUAUUCGACUGAAGAUCGAGUAUUCAGCACCAGACGGAGGCAAAUUCGAUGUCGAAAAUCCACAGAGGUUCUCAAAUCGUUUCGUUGGCAAGGUCGCAAAUUGCAGUGACGUUGUCCAGUUCUAUCGAAAGAAGACCGGUGGCAAGAGAGAUGGGGCCAAAAAUGACAUGCCAGAAGAAUCCGUCCUAGCUGCCAUGGAGCAGAUGGACACCAUUAAAGUCGAGAAACUCGUUCACGACUUCCUGACUGCUCAAUCUCUCAAGAUUCUUCCCCAAGAGCCCUUCGGAGAUGCGGUUACUCAAUUUGUAGAUAAGCAAGACAAGCUUGCCAUGGAGACGUUCGUCGACGAAAACUUGGCGGUUCAAGUCAAGCAAUUGCUAUUGGCGAAUGAAGAUUCAGAUGAAGAACUUGAAUCUAAUAUGGAUCGUAUUCGUACGCAGCAGGAGGAGCUCUUUAAGGCCGGUGUUCUGAAGCGGAAGUCGAAGAACAAAAAGCUUAGGCCUCGCCCCCAAACCUGGGACUCUGAUGAGGACGGACCGUGGGAAAAUCAGCCGGGUGCUGUUGAGCUUAGUGGAGCUGAGGAAGACGAAGAAGAUGCACCUGCUGGUCGGCGCAAGAAGGUUAGCUCUCUCCUGAGUGACGACGAUGACGUAUCAGUGGUCUCCGGGACGACAAAGAAGACAGCAACCAAGAAGGCCCCUGCAAAGAAGGCUCCUCCUAAGCCGAGAGCACCAGCAAAAGCCAAGGCUCCGGCAAAGGCUCCAGCAGCGAGAGGACGCAAGAAGGCCGUUACAGAACCGAGUGAUGAUGAAGAUAAUGACUCUGAUGUUAUUAUGAUGGACGAAGCACCGGCACCUGCCAAGUCGCAGCCAAAGAGAGCUGCUGCUGCUGCAAAGGGCCGACAGACACAGACGCAGACGCAGCUCAACUUCUCGCAGCAGCCAAAGGCUUCGACGGCGAGAGAACUGAGUGACGACGAGAUUUCUGAUGAUGAUGAUGCGUUCGAGCCAAUGAGUAAGAAGAGAUAAUGGGUUGCUUUGGAGUUGCACUGGAGAUAUCAACUGGCAUUGGUUUGGGGAGAGAUGGCGUUAAGGAGAUAAAUUUAUUUGAGCGCAGGUUAUUGUGAAUAUGGGGCCUCAUUACGAAAUUUGCAUAGCGAAGAAGGCGCUUCCUAGGCAUAGCACUAAUUGCACACAAAGAAAUAUUUUAUGACC